AUGUCAAACAAGGAGGUGAGUCUGGAGGCCGUUUUGUUUAGACGCCCGCUGACCAAUGUCGAGAACCUGCCUCCCAAGAACGAAAAGCCUGGCAACGACAGGUCGACUCCUCCUGGCCACAUACCUGCGACUCUUGGUAUUGGGAAUUGGCAGCAUGCCGCCUACAGGUCGGCUCCUUUUGGGCUACUCUCCCCAAACAGCAAGCCCUCACUAGCUCGUCAGCGAGACCACUCGGCCUGUCGUCAAACAGAUUCUCCGCUUAGAGUCCGAAAGAGGGGCGAGCGCCUCAAAUACUCAAGCAUUUACGGAGAUGUCGCCCCGCCUUGUAUGCACACUUCGCUACACAACCUGGGCAAUGCUGUACUACCACCUGUACUAAGCUUCACGAGUGCCACAACUUUGGAUAGUGAGCGCAAUCUUGGAGGGGAGAAUGAGUUCAACAUGGACAAUGACCUGAGUGGAUCUACUCUGUUACCAGAAGCUCGCGGCAAUACACAGAAUACGCCCCCGCUGCAAAUUCCCAGCAAAGUAGCACGACACAAGUCGGUCAGUCGCCGGGUGCUCUCACGUGUCAAAGAAGGCAUUGCUGUGCGCUCUCGGAGCUCGAAUGGUCACAAAGCUCUGGACCAUGACAACAGCCUCAUGCGUCGGUUGUCCGGUAGGCGCAAGACUGGUAGUGAACAGCAGCGACAGCUGCAGAGCUUUGAAAUCAGUAGGGACAGCAUCGACACGGAUCCGGACGAUGAGUCCGAGUCUUUGACACCACAGCGCUCGUUCACUGGAUCCAGCAUUGCGACUAACGAGAUGAUGGUUUCUGGUGUCACACUUACACCUCCCUCGCGGUAUAUGAACCGCUCUAGAAAGACAUCACCUCGUUUCGCAUCUCCAUCUGCCAAUCAAUCAUCCCCCGUCACUGAACCAACCCCAAGGGCGAGUGCAAGGGGUGACGGAGGGCCUGAGACCUACAAAAAGCCGACCGUUCACUACGUCAGCCCGUACAUUGACAUGAACAUCUUGGUGGACACAGACGCCGUUGACAUUGGCACCUCAAAGAACAUCUGGGUGGCUGUGGAGGCCACCGUGCGUACACGGGAAGUGGAACCUUACUCCAACAACAGCACUAACAACACCAAGUGGUCCAAGAACUCGAUCGACAUGAUUGUGAUUAUCUGUUGCGAGACACUCAAAGAAUACGCCAGCACGACUCAGCAGUGUAUCGUCGAGCUUUGUUCCCGUCUUGAGCACGACGGCGAUCGUCUAGCAGUUCUGCUCGCUACUUCGCGUCAACUAAAUUCUUGCACAAUCAGCUGUACCUGCGCACAGAUCCAUCCCCUUCAAGCACCGAAAGUCUCAGCUCUACUGGAAAGACUUGGUCUAGCGCCAUCAACGGCACGAAGCGAUCUGCCGAAUGUGGUUGAAGAUCAACCCAUACAACUAGCAUUGAAAGAUAUUGCGAAGCAAGGUAUUCGUCAAAACUGCAUCCACAGCUUCGUGCUCUCAAAGUCCCCUGUUUACUUGGCGCAAGCAGUGCAGGAGUCCAUGCAGUGGCCGUCUCACACACUGAAGAUAGGACUGCAACCUUCAGAACGGCCAGUGGCAGCCACUCACGAUGUCCGUACCUGGUCACUGGAUAUUGCAGGCGAAGGAGAAAUUUCGACUCAUACUUUAGACAAUGUGUGUCGGGAUAUCAGGCAUGGAUGUCAAUAUGGGAGUAUACCCAGUCUACGACUGUGCUACAAAGCCAUGGAUCGUGCUCGAGUCGUCGAAGUUGUGGGCGACAAAGCUACCAAAGGCCUAGUAUUGGGACAACGCUGCUCGUUAUUCAUUAAGGUCUGCUUGCCUAGCAUCGAUACGCCUCCUAAUGCGGCGGCCGAGGGCGAUCAGGAUUCGCUGUUCACUGAGCUUGAAAGCAUUGUUGGGACCCUCGAGACCAACUUCUUGCAUGUCGAAGCGCGCUACCGGCACACCAUAUUUCCAACAGACAACGUCGUUACCGUGCGACAGAUUUGCAGCAUGCGACGCCCAAAGACAGAGUCUCGAUGGAGCCUCGUGACAUCAGCCGUCGCUGGCUUGUCUUCCGAACGUGUCAACGCAAAACUUGCUCGCUUUCUGAUUACGCACUACUCAGCUGCCAAAGCGCUCAAUGCUAUCUCACGCUGGGAGCUUACGAAAUCGCCAGUCGUGCAGCAGUUGUACGAUGACUUGCAAAGUAGCAUCGCACCUGCUCGCACCAACCAAGCCCGCGCGGCUCCUGGCCCAGUUGUCGUUGUCACAGAUGCAGCUCAAACCGGUACAGAUAGAUCACACGGCGAACGAACUGUCACACGGACAGCAUCCACUACGGCCCUCACUCUUCACCUUCGCCAAGACCACCUGCCCCGUUCCACGUCCACUUCUGCAAUGACGGCUUCGCGACUCAUCACAGCUCCGGAGGUGACCGGCGCGCCCAGCCAUGUCGCAUUGGAUUUGAGAGGUAGCCGUGAAGGCACACCUAGCGAUGCGAAUGAUACCGCUCACAAACUCUGGCAGCACCUCCGAAGGGACUCACUGCCAAUAGACAAGAUGCUGAUCUCUAUGUCCGGCGAGAGUCUUCACCAAUUAGAGGCCACUGAUGAGGACCUCAAAGCUCUCCGCGAAACGGCGCUUGCCAACAAACGGAGCAUCGGUGCUGAGACUUUGAAGGCCUGCAAAUGGGACGAUAAGCAGACGCACGGUACCGCUCCUUGGCUCUGAUCGCGCGUACAUAGACGCAACAUCCUGUACUAGCACCAUCGGAUACGGCAGGCAUUAAUGGAAUGCUGCAGCAAGACAUCGCAUCGCAUCGAUAGUCAUGGGCAGACCCACCGGGACAGGCAGGCGAACAGCGUACUGUAGCCGCAUCAUGUCCACUCCCGGCAUUGGAUUCCCCGACAAACAUUCACAUGGGAUUUUGAAAUUUGAAAUCCUGGCACAGCUGGGCUCAUCACUGCAUCAUGAAUAAAUUCGCCAACAUGCUAGCGAUCGAUCAAUAGAAUUCCGGAAGAUGUUCCGAGGCAAUGUUGCCGCCGCACCGAAGAUUUUCCAAGGCUUGUCUCCAUAACGUUUCAUCGAUGGAGCUUGCAUUCAGUAGGUUGUACUAGACAACCAUUUGCCCUCACCGCACUCAGUCCUCGUUCGUCGUUUCACCGACAUCACGCAUCCUCAUCUCCGUUGCAUUGCAGACAGAGUGUGACACAGCAGUCCGUAACACAGUGUCCACUCACCAAAUGCAAGGGUCGAAGACGAUUCCCGGUAAACUACAAAAUCCCGACUUCCAACUUUCUGGCUCUGCGGAUACAGUAUCGCAAGGCAUAUGCAAGGCCCACAUUCUCAAAUGAGUAACCC